AUGACGAUCGUUGGAGCUGGUGCUGGCGUAGCUGAGCUCACAGCCUUAUCGGUCACGUCUGAACUAGCUCCGACCAGGAAGCGCGGCCAGUACGUCGCCGUCCUCAUCUUCACGAUCGUACCGUUCGUGCCGAGCAGCUUCUAUGCUCAGCUGAUUGCCUAUCACUCCAACUGGCGAUACGUCGGCAUCAUCGUCUGCGUCUGGAACGGCAUUGGCUUCUUCCUGACUUUGUUCUUCUACCACCCACCUCCCCGGGUCAACUCAAUGGGCAAGUCGAGGAGAGAGGUCCUGCGCGAGAUCGACUAUGUUGGUGGCCUUCUGAGCAUAUCCGGCAUGGUGUGCUUCAUGGCUGGGAUGCAGUGGGGAGGAUACCAGUACCCAUGGAAGUCCGCUCACGUCCUUGCGCCUUUGAUCAUCGGUGUCAUUUUGUUGGUCGCCUUCUACUUCUGGGAAAUGUACGGUGCCAAAUCUCCAAUGUUCCCAGGCCGAAUCAAGCAAAAUCCAAGGAUCUUGCUUCUCACACUAUUGAUCACCUUCAUUUCUGGAGCCAACUUCUUCAGCGCCCUAAUGUUCUGGCCAACACAAGCCUUUAACGUCUACGGUCAUGAUCCAGUCCAAGUUGGCCUCCGAACUUUCGUGCCCGGCAUUUCGAUCAUGCUGGGUGCAUGCGUCACACUCUGGCUGCUGAGCGUGUUCCGAGGACGAAACAAGGAACUCAUGAUCUUCUCCUCAGUGAUCAUGACGGCGGGGACUGCUGCAUUGGCCUGCGCUACACGAUACAAUAUGAACACUCUUUGGUUCCUUCUCGUCCUCAGCGGAUUCGGAAUCGGCGGCAUCGUUGUGCCCGCUUCUGUGAUUACAACAAUCAUCUGUCCGGACGAUCUCAUCGCAACUGUAUCGGCGCUUACGCUGGCGAUUCGGGUCAUUGGAGGGUCCAUUGGCUACUGCGCUUAUUACAACGUUUUUGUUUCGAAGUUUGUACCCAAGGCCAUCGCCUACAUCGGCGGAGCGAUGUACGAGAUUGGCAUCACAGACGAAGCGCUCAUCGGAGAGGCCAUCGCUUUGACCGGCGCCAGUCUCAUCGAUGAGCUGAGGGUCAUUCCUGGUAUCGGCAAAAACGACACUGCGUGGGAGAUGGUCGUGCUCGCUGGCCAACUUGCUUAUGCCGACGCAUACCAGUGGGUCUACCUUGCAAGCAUUGCUGCUGGGACCGUUAGUAUUAUUGCGGCUUGCUUCUUGGGCAAUAUUAAUGCGUACAUGGACGACCAUGUCGCUGUUGUGAUGAAGUAG